AUGUCCUUCAACAUCCUCAUCGGCGGCCUCAUCCACAACGGGGACAUCAACGCUACCCGCAAGUUGUUCGAUGAAAUGCCAGAGAGGAACCUCGCCACCUGGAACGCCAUGAUUGCCGGGCUGGCUCACUUCGAGCUCGACGAGGAGGGACUCGAGUGCUUCCUGAGGUCGAGGAGGGAGGCCUGUGUCCCGAUGAGUUUGGACAUGUGUGUUGGGAGCUCUCUAGCUCACAUGUACAUGAGAAGUGGUCAUCUUGAAGGAGAAAGGGUUCUGAAAGGAUUGCCUUUCCUCAAUGUGGUCUCUUGCAAUACUGUGAUUGCAGGAAGAACACAAAAUGGGGACCCUGAAGGGGCCUUCCACCAUUUCAUCCUCAUGAAGAAUGUCGGAUUGUUGUCAGACCAUGUAACCUUUGUUAGCAUCAUCAGUGCAUGCUCUGACUUAGCUGCCUUAGCACAGGGGCAACAAGUGCAUGCACAAGUCAUCCAUGUUGGAGUUGGUUCAGUCACCCCGGUGAGGAGUUCACUGAUAAGCAUGUAUUCCAAGUGCGGUUGUUUGGAGGAUUCAAGCACGAUAUUUUCUGAAUCUGAUGCAUCAGACCUUGUGCUCUGGAGCUCCAUGAUUGCAGCCUACGAUUUUCAUGGACGUGGAGAGGAGGCUAUCAAGUUGUUUAAUGAGAUGAUCGGAGAAGCCACAAUUAUCAUGCUGUAG